AUGUCUUGCAGCUGCGGCUCAAGCUGCAGCUGCGGCUCAAGCUGCACGUGCGGCAAGAAGUACCCCGACCUGGAGGAGAAGAGCACCGCCGCGCAGGCCACCGUCGUCCUGGGCGUCGCCCCCGAGAAGGCGGCGGCGGCCGGGUUCGAGAUGGCGGUGGAGUCCGGCGAGACCGCCCACGGCUGCAGCUGCGGUGACAGCUGCAAGUGCAACCCCUGCAACUGCUGA